AUGCCUGCAGGUUGCAAGCUCCAGGAGUUUUUGCGCCUGUUCAAGCAGUUUCCAGGCGAGGCCUACACCCCAUCUGCAGAUACUUUGAAGGGUAUCUACAAUUCUUUGCGGGACUACCACCUUGGGAGCGACUUCGAGCACGUGGACAUUGGCCCCAAGCUUGGCCUUCAGGACACAGUGGUCGUCUCUGUAAGGAAUGACCCCAUGGCUUUGGUAAAGGCCAUGUUUGCAAACAAAUCUGGCAGGGCUGUCCUCGGUCCGAAGCUGGUAAUGGAUCAGGAUGGCCAGCGGGUUUUUAAUGAGAUGUGGACGGCGGAGAAGUGGAUGGAGGCCAGUGCACCUGGGCCAAGCUGUCGCCCAUUGUCUACCUCAUGUUCGAACCAGAAUUCUGGUCUGACAAGAUGAACUUUGAUAAGGCCGGCCGCCAGAUUGGUCAUCCAUUGACAAUCUCACUGGGUAACCACCCAGUGGAGUUCCAGAGGACAGAAGAGGGCACCCAUGUCAUUGCUUUGCUCCCAAGCAUUGCACCAAGGGAGGGUGAGGGCAAGGAUAGCCUGUCCUUCCGGUCCCUGAAGCGCAAGGUCCUCCAGGCCGCACUUGAUGUGGCCCUGGCACCCUUCAAGGACGCAAGCAAGGGACAUUAGACACCUCAAGUUUGUCUUGAAUGACCUGGUGGGGUUGCCCCCAGAUGACCUGAUUCCUGUUGUGAGUGAGGAGGUGAUGGAUGAGGUGAGGGCACGGAAGGAUUUGCAGCCCUCGGCAGCUCGGGAAGAGCUUACCAGGGUCCUUAUGGAAAAGGAAAAGGAGAAGCACUCAUGGUUUAAGUAGUACUCAGUACUUGCGAUGCUGGGAUGGGUGGAGCCUGGAAGCGCAUGCCUUGUGUAUGCCUAAAGGAGACAUGGAUUUGGAUACUGUGGAUAUUGAUGUCGUUGAUGACAACCAAGGUUGAGGUUACAUCAGCCAAGGUUGAUGACAACCACUGGUUUGCUAGUGUCAAUGGCAAUGACAAACCUGGACCCGGAACCUGAAUAACAUGGUGGGUGAAGCCCUGGUGGAAGCUCAGAGAGGAAACGAUUUGAGAUUGUAACACAUGAAUAAGG